AUGGCGACCACCGUGGCAUCCACCCCAGGUCUCCGCGCGCGCCACUCGCCACCCGACCUACCACCCAAGCUUCUCAAACUGAGCUUCACGCACGCUGCGCGCCCCCGCGCACUGCCAGACUUCAACAAGCCGGCCUCGCCGCCGCCCACCGGCGACGUGGGUGCGCUCGACCCGUUCCUCCGCUCGCCGGUCCUCCUGGCCGCGGACGCGCACGACGUGGGUUCUGCAUCCACAGCAACACUGACGCCAGGACGACGACGUCUCGCCGCUGUUGCUCACGACGGCCGCGGCGUCCGCCCUCAGCACAAGCGCGAACGAGACACCACUGCUGCCAGCGUGGCCGCCCCGACCCUCCUCCAGACGAACGCGGCGGAGCCCCUGAUGCCCGCCGGCGUCGCACAGCUCAUCGCCGACACCACCACCAGUGCCCCGUCCACCCCCGGCCCCAGCCCGCCCCUCACCCCGCCACCCACUACGCCGCUCCUGGGCGCCUCGCACCUCGACGACUGGGUGGCCGUCACCCCGUACGUCGCCGCCGCCGACGACGUCGAUGACGGGUGGUUCGGCGUCGAGGUGAGCGUCAGCUCGCUGAGCGUCUCGCUCUGCGACGGCGUGCUGAAGAUGGUGCUUGUGCCUGAUGCAGAGGUCGUCGAGGCGGGUGGUACCGAGGCGCCAAUGCAAGAUGCAUAG